AUGAAGAUCUAUCGAGAGAUCUAUGGCGAUCCGAUCUAUGACACAUAUGAAGAUGAUGUUGAUGUUAUGACUUCGUUUUCAAAGAAGGUUUCUUUGAGAAUUCGGUGCGUGCAAAAUCCGGGCGGCGCAGACAGAUUGGUGAAGAUUUCGGUUUCAUGCAAAAUCCGGUUUGUGCGAAAAUCGUGCAGAUUCAGAUCCGUGCAAAUUUCGGGUCUAAUCCGGUUCGUGCGAAAAUUGGACCAAGGUGAAAAGAAGGUGAAGAUAAUUCUGCCAAAGCUCCAUGAUGAAAACCCUACUGAAGAUUCGAGGACGAAUCUUUCUUGGCCGGCGAGACCUGAUGCAGCGUGA